AAAAUCAAAGAAAACAGAUUUUUCAUCUUUCCCCCUUCCCUCCUCAAGUAAACGAGGGAGUACUGGUGCUGGGGCUUGCUCUUUAAAUAAAUGGCAUCUUUCUCCUCUCUCUUGGCAACAGCAGGAGUAUUCUUGUGUUGUAUGACAAGGCUAGCUGGUGCUGUAUUUAUCUUGUAGCUGCAUGCAUGGUUGCAAGAGGUCGUUCAGUACGAGAAAGGCAAGGAGCCAACGCGCUUUAAAGAAAGUUCUCCCAUAAUCUGGCUGUUUGGGCUGGCUUAAAGACAAUGCUACAUAGUUUCAGAGGAGUGAUGAAUAUCCUUACUGAGAUGAGAUAAAAGUUUUCCCCAGUUGUCACUGGAAAGAUCAGGGCUUUGUAGAGAAGGGGAAACUUUUUUUUUUUUUUAAAUGGAAUUCAACAAAUGUUUGGGUGCAGAAGAUGAAGAAAGAAGACAGGAGGGUGGGAGAGAUGAUAUUAAUAACGUUGGCAGUAGCAUUGGCAGUGAAGAACUGGAUUUGGUACAAAUGUACCUUACCUUUUUGCCUGAAAGAUAUGUGAAAGCAAAAUCCACCUUGGCAGUGUACCUGAUGUGCUGGUUAUUGCUGGAACUCUGCAAGAGCCCAGAGCCAGCUGACAACUACGUCAGUGAAGGAGAGUUUGAAGAUGAUCUGAGUUCUUCUGGUCCAAGUACAAUAGAGCUGGAGAUACGUGGAUCCAGCCAAGACACCGAUGAAGACUAUUUUGAGACCCUGUCACAUCAGAGUGGAUCUUUGUCAGAUGUAAAAACUGAGCUUUAUGAGAGUGCAUCAGAGACGGAAUCUGUUGCCAGUGAUGUAACAGGAGAGACUUGCUUGGAUUCAAACUGCCUUUUUACAGAAAAAACAAAUCUGUCCUGUAGUGUUCCUACAGCCCUGUGUGAACUUAAGUGCUCAAGACAAGCAGAAUUCAGUCAGCAGGUGCAGUUAGACUUGUCUUCCAAAAUAGAAGUAGCACCAAGCAAGAAUGACUUUUGCACUCACACUACAAAGUCAGAAUGCAAAGCGGGUGUUGACGAUCUAGCAUUAACCAGCAGUACUUCCAACACAGGGAACCAAGUGAGUGAAGAGAGCAUUAUAUCAGAGACAGAUAGAAAGUUCAUAGUAGGGUUCCAAAAUAAAACAGAGUUUGACAUCAGUAAAACACAGUCCUGUACCAAUUCAGUAUCUACCGAAGAUGCUGUUACAAGACAGAAGGAUUGUCCUGCAGUAUUAAGCAUUGCUUUUUUCAGAGCUAACUCAGAAAGUUGUUUGAUUUUACCUGAGGUACAGCAACUUUCCUUCCGGUCAGAUGUAGCAUCAAGCUGUAGUUUGCCUAAUCUCCAUUUUGAAACAAAUGGACCUUACCAUAAAAGUUCCACUGAGACAUCCAACUAUAAAUGUGAACUAGAGUCCAUGUCUAGUGUAAAUUGCAACAGGACGAGCUCCGCUGGCAAUGAGGAAACUACAAGUGAAAGGGUAAGACAUGGCAGUACAGAGGCCAUGUUGUCGUCACAUUCGGUUUUUUACCAGCACCACUUCAAAUCAAAACCUUCAACUUGUGAAGAUACAAGUUCAGAGAUUAUAGGACGUAAAACAUGGCACAGUGUACCUGAAAAUAUCAGUACUCAAAGCGAGGCAGAGUAUUUGGUGAACUAUAUUCAUCCAAAAGAUAAAUUUAGAUGGUCUUGUUCCAGAGUACAUCUUCAAGGACUUGAUUUUGAAUACACUUGGAAAAACUUAGGAAGGGUACCUGUCAGCUCUGAAAAGGCAGUCAGAGUAGAGGGCAAAUUUGGCAUUGAAAGAUUCCUUCUUGAAACUAACAUAGACUCAAAUGAGCUUUCUCAACCAUCAGGCACCUUCCAGUGCCCUGAUCUUUAUUUGCACCCUGAACAGGAGGGUAGUGGCCUUAGUCCAGAAGAAGCAGACACAUGUAUGGGUAGAUCCUCAUCCACCCAGACCAAUGAAUGUGAAUGUAAUCGGAAACAAAAGGAGACUUCAUCUACCCUAGGCUGUGAACCAGUGAUUAUAAAUGCUCAAGAACUUUCAAAAAAUAAUCAGUAUAAAGUUGAAAGAGAUCUGAAAGCAGACAGAUUCCCUUCUGAAAUUAAUGUUGAAUUUGGCAUUGAUGACACUGAGAACAUAGCAACUUGUCAUGUGGGUUUUCCUGCUGUUGUGGAAAAUGGAGAUUGUAAUUGGGCUGUAAGCUGUGUUGGUACUGGUAGAAGACAGCAGAAAUGUUCAAAGGAAAAUGUUCUGGAAUCAGAACUGUCACGUAUCAAGGUCGUGAUAGGUGAAAGAAACGCAGAUGAUCCUUCUAACCUUGACUUUGGCUGGAAAGUCCUGGAAACCACAUUGCAACCAGGUGUCAGUAACACUGAGAUAGAGCACACAGAUACAACACAGCAAAAUACAAGUUGCCAGACUGGUGCCUUAAGGAGUCCCUCUGAACCAGUAGAAAAUGAAUAUCCUACUCAUCCAGGAAAAGAUGGAGACAGUGUCUUUGCUGUGGAAAUGACUCCCACAUUAGAUAGUGUGAACCAGAGAAGUCACCUGAUGAAUCAGUCUGAGUUAAAGUCUGCCCUGAUUAUAAUAUCUGUAGAACAGAAAGGAUUACAGUCCAAGACACUGAAUGAUGACCCUUGCACUGAAACGGUAACUGGAACAUUGAGAAAUGUAGUGAGAAAGGAUUUGGUGGAUCUUCAUAUUGCCAGCAAAGCUCAUCUUGAGCCAGAGAGAGUUCUGAGUGAGUACUGUGGCUGUGAGGAAUCAGUUUUGGCUACCUCUACUGGUAAUGCAGAACCACUCCACGAUGGAGAUACAGCUGAAGGAAAAACAGACAUUUCACAAGAGCAGAGCAAGAAAGUAGUUUCCUCCUUUGCACUCACCUCUAGUAAUUCCACAGUAAUGAGUGGAAAGGUAGAAUUCAGCAGUGUCAGUGCUCCGUUGAGCAAUGACGUGCUUAUUGCAGAAAAUCCUGCAGAUAAAUGUGAGGAAGUACUGCUAAAAUCUGACAGCAGAAGCAGUGUUAUGAUCUUUGAGACAGAGCCACACAGAGCAAAGACUGAUUUGGAAUUAGAGACAGAACAGUUCAGAAAGCCAUGGGCUGAAACUAAGGAUGACCAGGUGACUAAAGAAGAGGAAUUCCAAGCACAUCAAGGCAGAGAGGAAGAUGGAUAUGUAACUAGAGUGGUAGUGCUGGAAACAUGCAGUGUAAGCAACCUGAAUGAGGGAGAUGGUUCUUAUGAGGAUCUUCAGGAGCCCAGCAGCACCUCUGAACAAGUGGUAGGAGAUGAAGGCUGCAGUCGUUCAAAUGAACCAAGAGGUAUUUGUGAAGAACCUCCUCCUAGGGAAGCAAUGGAGGCCUCUCCUGCAGAAAACACAGCUAGCUCUAGAAAAGACAGUGCAUGGAAUCUAGACGUGUCUGAUGUCUUCAACUAUUCUGUGAAAAGGGAGGCCCGCAGUGCUUGUUGUAUGGGCCUGGAUAACAUAAGCACCUGCAGUGCUAACAGUGAGGAAAUGGAUGAGAAUUCACUCCACGUCCUGGGAAGUAACAGCAGCCUCUAUAAAGCUGUGCAAAAGCCAACAAAGAAUGGGAAUAGUGGGAAAGCUUCCAGGUUUUUCAUUUUCUCAAAAAUGACAUCUUUCAGGAAAACUAAGCCUGUCACAGCUGACAAUCAGGGAAGCAGCAGUGUCCUUGGCAGCGGGGCUAAGACAGAAGAACUGGAAGGUGGGAAAGAAGAUGAAGACACUGAAAGUUUACAGUCCUUCAAAAGUUGUUCGUCUGGUUCUACUUUCCACAGGAAGGAAAGCUAUGCCUCUGAGUACUCAGACGAUGAUGAUUUAUUUUAUGAGAGGCCUGCAGGAUUAUUCAGUAGAAUGAGCCUGAGGAAGGCUUCUGGCUCUGGUCGAAUACUGAUGGAAGAUACAGACACAAAUUCAACUUCUCCCAUACUGCCUGCUGACAAAUAUGCAGAUGGACUCAUUCCAGGUUCAUCUGAAAGCAAUGACAGUGAACCUGUGGAAUACACCAGGAUUAGAAAGUCCUUUCCUGAAAAUGAAUAUAAAAGAAACAAAAAUCCUGAGGGCAAGAAGUUCAGAACAAGGUUGGCCUUGGCACAUAAAUCCCUCUCAAGUUUAUUUGAAUCCAAAUCUCCAGACAAAGAAAACACUGAGCAAAGUUCAAAAAUAUCACUGAAAAAUGAAAAGGACAAAGCCAAACUUCGCCAGAGCGCCUGGAAAGCUUUUCUAAAGAGCAAGGAGACAGAUGGACUAAAAAGACCUAUCUUGGCAAAUUUGUCACCAACGCAGGAGAGCAUCAACACAACCAGAGGCCAUCUGAUGAGAACAGCGUCAGCUGAGCAACAGGAUGGUUCUGAUGGACAUGCAUUCUUGAAAACAGAAACAGCGAAUGGUUCUUCACUAGAUACCAACUAUUUUGACACCUCUGUGGAGCCUGUUAAUGUCUCUUCACCUACAGGUAUGUGGAGAAAACGAUUACAGUCCCAUGACUUGGGCAUCAGAUACUCACAGAGUUCAGACUGUGAUGAAACACAAGAAGCUCUGGGCAACAGUUUUAAUGCUUCUCUAGAGGAAUGCUGGAUGAAAUCUCCCUUUAGCCCCUCUGAUGUGCAGUUACCAUUUAAUCAGUCAAGUCCAUCAUGUCCUCAGCUGUCAAAUUCAGAAGGUAAAGAUAUGCCUUGCAGGCCCAUGAGUCCCAAACCACAGAGUCCAAGAUCUACUUCCCAACGCAAGAGCUUCCGUUAUCCUGGAAGAAUAUGUGCCACGUCAAUGAUCUCUCUUGGGAACAGCUCUGCAGUUGACUGUGGUUUGGAGGCUCCUGAGAGACCAAAGACACUGAAACCCAGAGGUAGUCUCUUGCUUUCUGUACACUCGUUGGACAACGACUACCAGAGGGAUGACAGUGGGAUAAGCAGUCAAUCCCAGAUCAGCUUAAACACGGCUUCUUCCAUUAGUGACGUGCUCAGAGAUGAGGACUCUAAACAGCAAUGUCCAACACCACCUGAAAAGAGGCCAAAUGAAAAAGGGGUUCCCCAUCGCAAAAGGAGGUCCCCCCAGGUUCCAACAUCCCCACGCCCUUUCUCCACCCUUGAGAACAAAGCCUGGAGGCUUUCCUUCCUUGCUCCAGAUGAAAAAGCCAAGGAGAUUCCGGAGAGCAGGAGGAAGAGACCUAAAUCCCUCUAUAAGUGCUUCAGCUUCGAUGAUAUUUGGAUGCAGAGGAACCAAAAAAGGAAGCUAGAGAAGGAGACACAGCCAGAGAGAGGGACUCAAUUGCAACACUUCCCAGAGGACCAGUUAAAAGCUGGAAGAAGUCCAUCCAUCACAUCUACCAUUGCUCUUGACAUCCUACCACUGAAACUGCAUCCAUUUUCCCAGAGUACUCCGACAGGCCUGGACUGCGUGGGCUGGAAACGGCGCGUCACCUUCCCUGGUUUCUACAGACUCCCUGCUGUAUAUUUGCUGGAGAGUGCUUACGGUAGGUAUGGUGAGUUGCUAAUUAGGAACUAAAGUAACUGAACGAGUCUCUAGAGGUAGAAUUUCCUGUACUUAAAACAAAUCAUCUUAACAAGCAUACUGUAUUUUCACAAGAACUGUAUGUGAGAUUUGCUGCCUGCUUCGUUUUCAGUCACAGAUAGUUUUUAAUGUAAGUCACAGAUUGUUAAACAGUAAGAUGCAUUUUUGCUAGGUUUUUAAAUUCUCCAUUGGGCGGUGCUGAUCCAAACACUGCACAAUCUUUGUCGUAGAACUGUGGGGUGGGAUAAGAGAAACACUGCAGAAGAGUUGUUUGGUAGGUAGGAACCUAGGCAGGAGAAGCUGAGUUCAGUUGGAUGCCAACCUGCCAUUUCUGCCUCAGAAAGUCUCUUUGUAACACUGAUUAAAUGCUACUAGGCUUAAAUUAAGGGACCAUAACUGUGCUAAUUACGUCAAAACUGAAUGGACUACUUUGCUUUCCAAUGUAUUGUACGACUUGUGCACAGAAUCACAAAGUUCCACCUGGAAAUAAGUAAACAGACUGCUUGUUAUUGUGGUGUCGGGAGCCCAGUCUCUGCUCUCUCAGCACUGAGGGCUUUGAUCAUUUGCUGUCACAUACAUCUGGCAUUGCCCCCACGCUUAUGACCAGCUCCCUGGUUGAAUUCAGCUUCAGCUCUUGGAAAUCCCAGGUGGAAACCUGCCACUGUCAAGAUGUCAGUGCAUCUCUGACUUAAGCUAGAAUCCCUAAGUGCCACUGCCAUAGAAGUAAAUUGUGAGUCACAGCUGAUAGAAAUUUAAUGAUAGCUCCCUCAGGUCCCAGUCGGGAACUAAAGCUGAGGCACCCAAAUUCAUACAUAUAUGAGGAGGAAGAAGGGAAAAUGUAAAUGUAGAUAGAUCCACUGGUAGUCUUCUAGUUGUUUCUAUGCCAUCUAGACAUGAGAUACGAAACCUGAAUCGCCUACAAUUCAUACAGUAUUCUCAAGAAACAAGUGAGCUUCACAUUGUGACUUCAAUAAUUUAGUGUAAAUGCACCAAAACAUGCUGUACAUGAUUUACAUGAUUCUUGCACAGCUUUGUUGUGAUAAAUGUUGCUUUUCAUAAGCUUGUAAAUAACGUCAAAGAUAAAGUGAAAUGAUUAACUAGUUCAUUUAAUCUAAGUUUGAGGUUCUUAACUCUGAAGUUGCAACUACUUGCAUUAAUGAUCCCAGCUUAUUCUUUAACCAUAAAAGACACU